GUGGGAGCCCUCACGGCCGGCUGCUCCCACGGUAUAAAGAGAGAGAGAGUCGUUGAUUAGGCGUGUGUUGCUGACGACGCGGGAAUGCAUUGACUUUUGCUUGCAAAGUCGUCGCCGGUCUGUACAAUUCGAGUAGAUUGCACUCUAUACGCCAUUAUUAGUGGUAGCUGUAUAAAGAAGAACACUGCAUGAUCGAUCAAUAGUAAAUAACCAGACCCAAUCAAUCACCGUUCACGCCGACUAGCUAGAGAGCAUGGAGAGUCUACUGAAGGAGAAGAGAGGGGGAGAAACGGUGCUGGACAUGUCGCCGCGAUCUACGCCCGGAGGCGGCGUGGAAGACGUAUACGGCGAGGAUCGCGCCACCGAGGAUCAGCUCCUUACUCCCUGGACGACUUCUGUUGCCAGUGGCUACAAUUUGUUAAGAGACCCUCGUUUCAACAAAGGCCUUGCUUUCAAGGAGAACGAAAGAGAUGCUCAUUACCUCCGAGGUCUCCUUCCUCCUGUAGUUGCUUCCCAGGAGCUUCAGGAGAAGAAGUUUAUGCAAACUAUCCGCCAAUAUGAUCUUCCCAUACACAAGUAUAUGGCUAUGAUGGAACUUGAGGAGAUGAAUGAAAGACUGUUCUACAAGCUUCUUAUUGAUCAUGUGGAUGAGCUACUACCAAUUGUCUACACCCCAACAGUUGGUGAGGCUUGCCAGAAAUAUGGAAGCAUAUUUAAGCGUCCUCAGGGUCUAUACAUCAGUUUGAAGGAAAAGGGGAAGAUUCUCGAGGUAUUGAAGAAUUGGCCAGAGAGGACAAUCCAAGUCAUUGUUGUAACCGAUGGUGAGCGAAUUUUGGGACUUGGUGACCUUGGCUGCCAGGGGAUGGGAAUACCCGUGGGGAAGUUGGCUCUUUAUACAGCACUUGGUGGAGUUAGGCCUUCAGCGUGUUUGCCUAUAACAAUUGAUGUUGGGACAAACAAUGAGCAGUUGCUGAAGGAUGAGUUCUAUAUCGGGCUUAGACAGAAGAGAGCAAUUGGACAGGAAUACUAUGACUUUCUGGACGAGUUCAUGACUGCUGUAAAGCAAAACUAUGGUGAAAAGGUUCUUGUACAGUUUGAAGAUUUUGCAAAUCACAAUGCAUUUGAGCUGCUGGCCAAAUAUGGAACCACUCAUUUGGUCUUCAAUGAUGAUAUACAGGGGACAGCUUCUGUGGUGCUUGCAGGGCUUGUGGCCUCACUUAAGCUACUUGGGGGUACCUUAGCUGACCACAAGUUUUUGUUCCUUGGUGCUGGAGAGGCUGGCACUGGUAUCGCAGAGCUAAUAGCUCUUGAGAUUUCAAAGAAGACAGAAACCCCUAUUGAAGAAACUCGUAAAAGGAUAUGGCUUGUGGACUCAAAGGGGUUGAUUGUUAGUUCUCGAAAAGCAUCUCUUCAGUCCUUCAAGAAGCCUUGGGCACAUGAACAUGAACUUAUUGACAAUCUCUUAGACGCUGUCAAGGCUAUCAAGCCGACAGUGUUGAUAGGUACUUCUGGAGUCGGAAAAACAUUUACAAAAGAAGUGAUUGAAGUCAUGGGUGCAAUUAACAAGAGACCUCUUAUAUUGGCACUUUCCAACCCAACAUCACAAGCCGAAUGUACUGCUGAAGAGGCUUACAAAUGGACUGAGGGUCGUGCAGUGUUUGCAAGUGGCAGCCCGUUUCCUUCAGUAGAAUACAACGGCAAACUUAACAUACCUGGCCAGGCUAACAACUGCUAUAUUUUCCCUGGGCUGGGUUUUGGUCUGGUCAUGUCUGGUACCAUCCGCGUGCAUGAUGAUAUGCUCCUAACAGCUUCUGAGGCUUUGGCCAGCCAAGUAACUGAAGAACACUAUGCGCAAGGAAUGAUUUAUCCUCCUUUCACAAACAUCAGGAAGAUAUCUGCUCAAAUAGCUGCUAGCGUAGCUGCUAAAGCAUAUGAACUUGGUGUUGCAACUCGUCUUCCUCGGCCUGCGGAUUUAGUGAAGUAUGCUGAGAGUUGCAUGUACACUCCCAUCUAUAGAAACUAUCGUUGAAUUAGGGUGCAGCUAGCAGUCGUCUCAGCUCAGAGUGAUCAAGGAAUGGCACCAACUUAUCCCCACUAGAUCGAUUCUAAUACUUCUUUUUGUUUGAUCCGUGUGUGUAUUAAAAUAGAAAGUGUCUUUCCCAUCAAAUAAAAAUAAAAAUAAAUAAGGUGCAUUUAAUUAUUGAAUCAAUUCCUCUAUAUACAUAACAUAAAAAAUAUAUCAAACUGGUACCUGAUGGAUUCCUAAUUGAUCUUUACCGUUGUUAUUGCGCUCCUUGUGUCCCCCAAUUGACCUUUCAAUUUUGCUAUGAAUUGAACUCCAUUAGAUUAACAUUAUUAGUUUAUUUUAUCUCAAACUAUCAUCCAAUUUACAAAUCUAUGCUAUUCUUUCAAUUUUAUCACAAAAGAUUCAAACAUCGAGCCCGUUUGGUAGCACGAAAAUCGGCUGCUUUGGCUGUUUCUGCUGAAAUUUAUGAAGUUCUGGCUGAAGUGGCUGCAUUGGAUGAUUCUGCUGAUUUAAGAAAAAAUUAUUUUUAAAAUAUACUUUAUUAAUAAAAUAAAGAAAAAAUUAUAUGUAAAAAUAGCUAAAAUGAUCAUAUACAGUAACUUCAGCCAAUACAGCCAGAAAAGUAACACCAACCUUACUUUUUCUGCUUAUUACACAAUUCAGCGCGCGAAAGCAAAAGUUACGUGUUUGGUGAAAAAGCUGGCGGUUAAGACUGAUAAUCCGAAAAACAGUGGUUCCCAGCGGACUCAUCAUCUUUUCCAAUAAUUAUGCUUUCUUUUUUGUUUUUUCAAAAUUACACAUUUUUAUCAAUACCAAUAAGAUAUAUGCAAUUCAAGUUUGUAAACUUAACAUUAGAAAGAAGUGAAAAAUAUGAAAUAUAUAAAUAUGAUUUUCUUCUUGAGUUUUACUAAUUCAUCUAUUGAAAGUGUAAUUGUGAAAAAAGUUGAAGUUUGAGUCUAUUUUUAAUAGAAGUGAAAGUAUAGGAUAGAUUUAUGAAUUUGAUUAUAGUUGGGGAUAUAUAUUUAUAGAGAAAGAUGUUCCACCUCCAUUUUAGCCAUUUUUCAUCGCCAGAAUUUCUAAGAAUUUCUAACAAGAAUGCCAUCCGUCCACCUCCAUUUUAGCCAAUUUUCAUUGAUUGCAGUAAAUGAAAUGGAUUUAGGCAAUUUUAGUUUGAUAAAUAAGAAAUGAAGUAACUACAAACACACUAUAAGAAACACAAUUUUAAAGGCAACAUAUAUACAAUGAACCAAAAAAUCUACUUUUUAAUAAUCUAAUAAUCAUUUUACCUUUAGAAGUGUGAAAUUAAUAAAACUAUCACCAUAAUCAAGAUUAGCUAACAUUAUAAAUAAACAAUAAAAUCUAAAACUAACUAAUACAAUUAUAAAUGUUUAGUGAAAAAAUAACUAAUCAAACUGAUAUGAACACAAUUAAAAUGACAAAAGUUAAAAGGAAAAAUGGAAAAUAAUGAAUUCAACUAUUGUCGGUCCACUCAAAACUAAUCGUAACUAUUGACUAUUCUAUAACUAAUCUGCUCGUUCUUCUUUUAAUAAUCUUAAUCACCAACUCAUUUAUUUUACAAAACAUAUAAAAUGUUAUAAAAUUUUGAAAAAUAGGAUUAGUAUAACAUGCAAAUUUAACUAAAUCUAAGAAGCGUACCACAAUUUAAAAUAUAAAAAUAUUACAUUUUAUUUCAAGGUGUAAUACAAAUGAUUGAAUCUGAACAUGAUAAUGAAAAGAGAUAAUUACCCUAGGUAUGACUAAAACUCAAUAAGAUUCUCAAUCUAUGACCUAACAAGUUUUCUCCCUAAAAUAAUAUUAAAAUUCGAAAUUUAAAAUUAAAAAUCGAAAUAAUUAAAUCAUAGAUAAUUUUUAUGGACAAAUAUACCCUUUGGUUUAUAUCUAUAAAACCCUAAUUCCCUACUUCUUUUUUCCUAACCAUUGCUACAGCCGCUCAUGUGUACCUCCGCCGCCCACACACCCAAUCGCUGUUGUUUGGUGAGUCUCCACCCGCCGUUUAGCUACCGGCCGCCGGCCAGCGCCGCCUCCUUCAACAGAUCUGUAGUCUAGGAGCACGGCAACAGUCUUUCUAAUAUCAGUCUCUGGCCUGGGAGCAAUUUCACCCGACGUGACCUGGGUGGGAAGCUGUUGGUCGAUGAAAAUCUUCAAACACCACGAUACCAUGGUCUCAAAUUAAAGGUUCAUUGGUCGGCAAGAGAUAUAGAACUUAUACAGAUGUAUAUAUAUAAUAUAUGCAUGAGCUAUUUACCGUAUAGAAAUUGAUCGAGGAGAUCAUUGAGGUAUUUGAGAUUAUUAUUAUUAUAUUAAUAUUUCUCAAUUGGUUUCCCAAUGCCUUAUGUUGUUGCCUCGUUGGAGGAACAAUAUGUGGUUCCCAAAGAGUAUACUCGAGCCCUGUGAACAUUUAUGCACUAUAUUGUGGUUGAUUGCUGGCAUAUUGGCAGCAAUUUAACUGGUUUCCAUUCUCAUUCAUAAUUAUUACUCCCUCCGUUUCAGUUUGGUUGACACACUUUCCUUUUUUGGACGUUUCAAAAUGAAUGCCACACUUCCCAUUUGGUAAACAAAACAGUGUCAAACAGUGCCAAACAGUGUCCAAACAGUGUUCAAAUAGUGUCCAAACAGUGCCCAAACAGUAAAAUUUACCCCUUAGUAAAUGUUUUCCUUAAAUGUUGACAAAUCAAACUAUGUCAACCAAACUGAAACGGAGGGAGUAUUAUUUUUUAGAUUAGGGUUUGUUGAAUUUAGGAUUUAUGGGAAUUUAAUAUGGGCAUUGAACAUUGG